GAUUGGUUGUUUUAUUCUUUCAGCGCCUUAGUUUUAGUCUUUGAUGCUUCUUGAAUAUAGCGUCAGCAGCUAUAGCCUAUAUUAUAUGAUCUCCUUCACACGCAUAUAAUAGGGGCCAUUUUAUCCUUUAUAGCCCUCUAACCACGGAAGUGCACAGGUAGCAGUAUAAAAAGAUCUUAAAUCAGCAUAUGAUCAUAUCUAAGAGCCAACGUUAAACCUUUGUAGAUUAUCUUGAAUUACAAAAUACGCGUGAAGUUAACCCCUCUUCAUUUCAUAUUGCUUAUUCCCUGCACCUAUCUAGGUUAGGAAUUAGCUCGGGCCAGCUGGUUCAAGUUACUUGCAUGGAAAAGGGUCCUUUAAACCCCUGUUCGCUUAUAAUGCAACACUAUUCUAAUCUCACCGUUUCGUUUUGUUCUUUUCAUUCGGUGUUGGGCCGGAAACCAACGUAGUCCAACGUUAUCCAGCAUCUUAUGGCAUUCUUUCGGUGUGACUCAAAGCCAGAGACAGCUCGUAUAUAAUGAGUUGUCUGUGUCCCUUGGCUUCCUCUCGUAUAUUUGUGGUUCAAGGGCAUUAAUCAUAUACAGAGAGCACAAUGGCCAACGAAGAGCCACCGGCAAGCUACUACCAACGAUUGGCGAGUGCUUUUGACCGACUUGUCUGGACACCUUCCUGGGUUAAAUGGGAUCCGGAGGUGAAUCAUGAUCUCAGCUGGGGAAUGAACAUCUUAUUCGGACUAUCUGCGUCUUUCAGUGUAGCGAAUCUCUACUACAGCCAUCCCAUCUUAAAUAUUCUUGCGGACGACUUCGGUAUCUCAAACCAACGCGCCUCGUUGGUGCCGACAAUGACUCAAGCUGGAUAUGCUGCUGGACUUCUUCUGAUCGUGCCUGUUGGCGAUAUUGUUCGGCGACGGCCUAUGAUUCUCAGCCUGAUAUUCAUAACGGCUCUAAUAUGGCUUGGCUGUACUCUUACCCAGUCCUUCUCGCCAUUCCUCGGCCUUUCGUUUAUCGUCGGUCUCCUUACUGUCACUCCGCAACUUAUGUUCCCGUUAGCGGUCCAAUAUGCUCCGCAACGGCAUCGGACUACUAUGAUAUCAGUGGUCAUGUCCGGCCUUGUGUUCGGUGUACUCGUUGCGCGUCUUCUUAGUGGUAUUAUUACCCAGUAUACGUCGUGGAGAAACGUCUAUUGGAUUUCGUUCGGCCUUCAAGUGCUGGUGUGGAUACUCCUCUUCUUCACGAUGCCAGAUUAUCCCACCCUGAGCCCUGGCACAUCUUAUUCAAGAAUUCUUCUGAAAAUCAUCACUCUCCCUUUCCUCAAGCCGGACCUUACUCAGAUGGCGCUUAUAGCCUUUUUGACCUCGGGGAUGUUUACAUCUUUUUGGACGACUUUGACGUUCCAAUUGGCUGACGUUUUCCACAUGUCAACAUUAGCGAUUGGCCUCUUCGCUCUUAUCGGCAUCUCACCGGUAUUUCUUAACCCGGUCAUCUCUCGCUUGUUAAUAUCACGCCUACAUCCUCAUGGUACACUUAUAAUUGCGCACCUCGUGACUCUUGCCGCGAUCUGUAUUGGCACAUUCGUCGGUACGUUUUCACUUGCGGGCCCUGUCAUUUGGGCAUUCUUCGGAGAUCUGGGGAUGAAUACAAUUAUUGUUGGGAACCGUGUGGCCAUAGCAAAUGUUGAUUCUAAAGCUCAGAAUGCUGUGAAUUCUGUCUACAUGGUUCACACGUUUUGCGGACAGCUUUUUGGUACAGCUGUCGGCAAUGCGCUCUACGCCAAGGGGGGUUGGACAUACUCUGGUGCCUUCAAUAUUGCGCAAAUGGUAGCUGGGUUAUUGAUACUUUUUGUGAGAGGACCGCAUGAGAGACGUUGGUUGGGUUGGAGAGGUGGAUGGGAUAUGAGAAAACCCAAGAUAGAAGAAAACGGCUCAGCUUGCGGGGCGCAAGCCGACGUAGAGGCAAAUACAGAAGACGUAGCUACUGAGAUCCCGAUUGAAGUAACCACAGAAGAUGAAAGUCCUAAGGAGAAGGUAGAGGUUGGCGAUGAAAGAACAUAGCUGUCUUGUAGGCAAUCAGGGAAAUUAGACGUUCUGCUUAGGAGACUGUUAAAUAUUUAUAGUAGAUGAAAUGGCUAUUUAUACCCAAC